GUGGUAUAGAGUUUGAUUCGUUAUUUUCCGACAAUAUUCUAUAUGGAGCGGCUAGGAUAUAAUACAAACGACUUUGAGGGGCAGCUUCUUGCGUCGCUUUCGCUCGGUGGCGACGACGCUGAGAUGAUGGAAGUUGACACCAGCUUGGAGAUGUACAGGAAUGACCACGACGGGGAUUUGGUGAUGGACGAAGAUUACCCCGUGGCUGCUAACUAUCAAAUACAUCAAGAUAUUGACUUCAAAGCCCUUUCAGAAAAUUCCGGGUUCAUGAAAACGCUUACGAAUGCGUUCAGCACGCCUUCGCAGUUAGGAGUCAAACUUGCGACCCCAGCAGAGCCCAGGUCAGAUCCUGUGGUGUGCAUUAAAACGUCAGAAACAGACUCUGAAGUCUUUCUAGCUGAUAAUAGUGAGGCUGAGGAUUCCAAAACCACAGUUAAUCAGAAAAGCAGGGCUUCCCUGGAAUCGAAAGCAAUGGAAUUCACUGAUGCGGCCACCCCCUCUCUGAAGCUACGCCGAAAGCCCCGGGUCCAGGACUACGAUACGGACUCUGAGGACGAUACAAAACGGCCCUUUGAUGGCCCUGUGCAGCUCCAGAUGCACCAUCACCAUUACUACAAUGCCCAGCCCAGUCUCCCGUCGCCGUGGGAGUCGUCGUCCCCCCACGAACGGGUACCGUACAUACUUUCCCUGUACUUCCAGCUUUUACUCAACACCGCAGCUGCGCUCUAUGGCUGCUACAUUCUCGUAACUGUGUUUAAUUCCAUCAACGAGGACAUUCAGGGGAAGUACCAGCUAGCGUUGCAGGGCGUCCGUGUGGAGAGCGAGCUGUGCCGCCGCCUGUACCACGAAAACCGCUGCGCACCAGAGACGAUUCUACCGGGGCUCAAGAAACUAUGCGAGGACUGGGAAAAGUGCAUGCUGAGAGACCCAGACCACGUGGCUGUGCGAUCCAGCCUUGCGGCAGAGGUGCUCGGGCUCAUGGUACACUCAUUGCUUGAGCCCAUGGGCUGGAAGACGUUGCUUCUCGUGGCUGUGUUUUUUGCAGCGGUGGUGGUAUUCAACUUCUCGUUAGGGUUUAUGCGAGCCAAGUGGUACUACGGUAAAGAGGAGCUGUUGAUCAGCGGUAGUCCCUUGAAAAGUAACCCUGUGCAUCCUACGGGACAGAGCAGUGGUCAGGAAAGGCUGGCCCAUUACAUUGAAUAUCACUAGACGAGAGGUGCCUGAGAAAGGUAUUUACAAGGCUCAAGUCGCUAAUAAGGAGUGUUGGGGCAUGGCACAAUUUACUAGAGUACGUGACACAGCACCAGAGACGAUAAACCAGAUAUAACAUCAGUUCUUUCCUGGGUUGACCAAGAUUCAGCUUUCGGCGCAUGAUAUGGCGGGCAUAGCGUUAUGGAGUAAUUCCUCAGGACCAGUAAACGCAUCGUGCUGGCAUGCCCAGAAUAAUGAAACGAUCUGGCAAACUCAUCACCUCUUUUGGUUAAUUUAUAUUGAAUUUAGCUCUACUAUCCGC